AUGGACAAACUGAUAACCGAGCUGAUAGAGCAGCCAAAAGAGGGGUCGCACUUUCGAGAUCCAGGAUUGGGCCCAUUGCCUUCAGCACAGAACCUGGAUAAAGCUAGGAAGGUAAUUGCUGAGACAUCUAACAAGCUGCCUUUGGAGGGACUUGGGAUCGAAAAAGUCGCGGGGAUUCUGACAAAUGACAUACUGCCAGCAUUGCCAAAUCAAUCUUCCCACUACUAUGGUUUUGUAACUGGUGGUGCCACUCCAGCCGCCAGAUUGGCCGACCAUUUGGCAGUAUGGGCUGAUACAAUGCCCCAGGUACACUUACCAGAGGAGUCGGUUAGUACCGACGUAGAAGAUGCAGCUCUCAAGCUGCUUCUUGACCUUUUGAAAUUAGAGAGAACUCAAUGGCUAGGAAGAACUAUUACCACAGGAGCCACAGCAAGCAAUGUGUUAGCUCUUGCAUGUGCCAGAGAUUGGCUAGUUGGUAGUGAUGAAGCUAGCAUUGCUGAGCAUGGCUUUGCAAAUGCUUUGAAAGCAAGUGGAGUCCAAGAUAUCAAAAUAUAUGUGUGUAAAUCACACUCAUCAAUUGGCAAGGCUGCUUCAAUUGUAGGUUUGGGUAGAAAAUCCGUGGUUGAAAUUUCCGAUGCAGCCCAUCUUUGGAACUUUGACAUUGCCAAACUGGAGGAGCAGCUUAUUUCGGAUAAAUCCAAAUCUAUUCGAAGUAUUAUUUGUGCAAAUUUCGGUGAGGUAAACACAGGACAAUACACCCAAGAUAUAAAAGAACUUCGACGUCUAUGCGAUCAAUACAAAGCAUGGCUACAUAUUGACGGAGCAUUUGGCGUAUACUUGCGGGCAUUGGCCGACAAAUAUGAUUCGGCGUAUCAUCAGCUUGCUCAGCGGGUAACUGCCGGCCUAGAAUUAGCUGACAGCAUUACUGGAGACUCUCACAAGACAUUAAAUGUGCCAUAUGAUAGUGGUGUAUUCUUUACCAAGCACAAAGAACUGCUUCAGCACAUAUUCCACAAUCCUGGUGCUGUUUAUCUGUCAGGUACCUCCGACAGCAUCCCAAGCCCCUUGAAUAUAGGCAUUGAAAAUAGCCGUAGAUUUCGUGCUCUUGCGGUAUACUCGACUCUGCUUGCGUAUGGGGAAGCAGGGUACUCUCAGUUUAUUGAACGAAUAAUCCGUUUCUCGCAACGACUCUCAGCUUGGAUUCAUCAAUCGCCAGAUUAUGAACUUUUGUUAGAAUCGCCAAAAGAUGCAAUUUCUGUUGUCCUCUUUCGAGCAAAAGACACUGAAGCAAAUAAAACACUCAAACAGAGAAUCAACCAAUCUGGUAAAAUCUAUGUUUCGGGCACGGUCUGGAAUGGCAGCCCAGCCGUGAGAAUUGCCCCAUGCAACUGGAACAUAGCUGACGGCGAUGAGCAGAUUGUAAUCAAUGUUCUGUCAACGUUCUAA